AUGGCACCACAACCAACAACGAGCCCUCUUGCGGUGUUCAUGAAGCAGGAUGGCGAUGAUGCGCAGCUGGACUACAAGCGGAUAGCGCUGGCUGCGGUUGCGCUAUAUCUGGGAUACCAGAUCUUUCAGACAUUGCUGCUCGCUUUCACAUCCCCACUCCGCAAUGUCCCUGGUCCAUUCUGGUCGCGCUUCACCAGACUACCACUGAAGAAAGCCAUCAUCGGCGGGCGUCGAAUCUUCUUCAUCCAUGAUCUCCACCAACAAUAUGGCGACAUUGUGCGAAUCGCACCAGACGAAGUCUCGGUCUCGGAUAUGGACGGCUUCAAGAAGAUUCAUGCUGUUUCCGCGACUUUCAAUAAAGCCGACUGGUACGAGAAGCUUACCAUCUUUCCUCGACACAGCGUUUUCACCAUGAUGACGAAGGAGACCCACGCGGCACGGAGGAAGCUCUUUGCGAGAGGGUUUAGCAAGUCAUAUCUCAGGGAACAUUAUGAGCCAAUCGUUGCGGAGAAGGCGAGAUUGGCCGUAAAGGGUAUCAAGGAGAGGGCUGUCAAGGGCAAUGCCGAUCUCAUGCAAUGGUGGACGUUCCUGGCUACGGACACCGUUGGACGACUUGGCUUUGGUGAGAGCUUCGGCAUGCUGGAGAAGGGAGAGAAAACUGAUUACAUCCGCACGCUCGAGCUUGCACUCGUAGGCAACGGUAUCGGUGCUGAACUUCCUCUCGUCCGCGCGAUCGGUCGCCUCAUCCCAUCGAAGGGCGCCAAGCAGGCUUUUGAUGCGACCGAUAUCAUCCUCGACUACGGCCAAAAAGCUGUUGAUAACGCCAAAGCCCAGGCCAGCGAGACAAACCUGAUGGCCAACGUGCUAAGCGAAGCAGAGAAGGACGUUUCUUCCCUGGACGACCUCGAUGUGAGAGUUGAAGCCACCAGUCUCAUCUUCGCGGGCAGCGGAACUACUGCCAAUACCCUGUCCUACUUUAUCUGGUCGGUGCUGAAGCGACCCGAGCUGCAAAGGAAGCUAGAGGAGGAAGUCGCAACUCUUCCCGAGAACUUCAAGGACACCGAUAUGGAGAGCCUGCCUUGGCUGAACGCGACUAUGCAAGAAACACUACGCGUCUACGCCGCAGUACCCGGUACUCUCCCGCGCCUCGUCCCCAAAGGUGGCGUUACAAUCGCCGGCCACUUCAUCCCCGAAGGCAUGACGGUCGGCACGCAAGCAUACACCAUACACCGGAAAGAAGACAUCUGGCCCGACGCCAAAUCCUUCAACCCAGCACGCUGGUUCAAAGAAUCAGACAUGCCAGCCGCAGCCAAAACGGCAUUCUGUGCUUUCGGCGCGGGAGCGUACACGUGUUUGGGAAUUCAUAUCGCGUAUAUGGAGAUGCGGUAUGCGGUGGCGAGUUUCUUUAGGGAGUGUAGGGGUGUGAGGUUGGCGGAGAGUUGUACGGAUGAGAGUAUGGAGGAGGAGAAUUAUUUUGUUAUUACGCCGAAGGGGAAGAGGUGUGAGGUUACGAUGACUUGA